CCUUGCGUGCGUGGGGUCAGGCGCCGGGCGAGCGGCUCGGGGCGACGGCGCCAUGCGCAGGGGCGAGAGCAGGGGCUCCGGGGGGCCGCGGCCGGGGUCCCCGGGGCCCGCGGGCAAGGCGUCGCUGGAGGAGCCGCCGGACGCGCCGCCCGCCGGCCCAGUGUCGGGGCCGGGCGCGGGCCGCCGCAGCACCGAGUCCGAGGUGUUCGACGACGGCACCAACACCUUCUUCUGGCGAGCCCACACCUUGACUGUGCUGUUCAUACUUACUUGUGUGCUUGGCUAUGUGACUCUGCUGGAAGAAACACCUCAAGACACAGCCUACAACACAAAGAGAGGUAUUGUGGCCAGUAUUUUGGUUUUCUUAUGUUUUGGAGUCACACAAGCUAAAGACGGGCCAUUUUCCAGACCUCAUCCAGCUUACUGGAGGUUUUGGCUCUGCGUCAGUGUGGUCUAUGAGCUAUUUCUCAUCUUCAUACUCUUCCAGACUGUCCAGGAUGGCCGGCAGUUUCUGAAGUACAUCGACCCCAGGCUGGGAGUCCCACUGCCAGAGAGAGACUACGGUGGAAACUGCCUCAUAUACGACGCAGGCAACAAGACCGACCCUUUCCACAAUGUUUGGGACAAGCUGGACGGCUUCGUUCCCGCACACUUCAUUGGCUGGUACCUGAAGACCCUGAUGAUCCGCGACUGGUGGAUGUGCACGAUCGUGAGCGUGAUGUUUGAGUUCCUGGAGUACAGCCUUGAACACCAGCUGCCCAACUUCAGCGAGUGCUGGUGGGACCACUGGAUCAUGGAUGUGCUGGUCUGCAACGGGCUGGGCAUCUACUGUGGCAUGAAGACCCUUGAGUGGCUGUCCCUGAAGACCUACAAGUGGCAGGGCCUCUGGAACAUCCCGACCUACAAGGGCAAGAUGAAGAGGAUCGCCUUCCAGUUCACGCCCUACAGUUGGGUCCGCUUUGAGUGGAAGCCAGCCUCCAGCCUGCGCCGCUGGCUGGCCGUGUGCGGCAUCAUCCUGAUGUUUUUGUUGGCGGAGCUGAACACCUUCUACUUGAAGUUUGUGCUGUGGAUGCCCCCCGAGCACUACCUGGUUCUGCUGCGGCUGGUUUUCUUCGUGAACGUGGGUGGCGUGGCCAUGCGUGAGAUCUACGACUUCAUGGACGACCCGAAGCCCCACAGGAAGCUGGGCCCACAGGCCUGGCUGGUGGCGGCCAUCACGGUCACAGAGCUGCUCAUCGUGGUCAAGUAUGACCCCCACACACUCACCCUGUCCCUGCCCUUCUACAUCUCCCAGUGCUGGACGCUCGGCUCUGUCCUGGUGCUUACCUGGACCAUAUGGCGCUUCUUCCUGCGGGACAUCACCUUGAGGUACAAGGAGACGCGGCGGCAGAAGCAGCAGAACCGGGGUGACCACGGCAGUGCUGUCGGCAAUGGGGAUGGGCACCCGCUGGGACCAGAUGAUGAGCCUGAGCCCAGGGCCACUGAGAGGGAAGGGGUUCCGGGCUCCAAACUAACUUGUGCCUCUGCUGCCCCUUGAGCAGCCAGACCAAGGCCUCGUUGCCCUGCCCCUGCAUCAUCCGGCCAGGAACCCAACCACGGGCUCGCCAGCAAGGGGGUGUUUUCUUUUCAUCCUGGGCGCUCACUGAGCUCGAGGUGGGUAAGGAGGCCCCACUCCGGCUCCAGCUCCAUGUGCGUGCCCGCUGUGCGUGUGUGUGUACACGAGCAUGUGCACAUGCGUGCGUGGUGUGCACACGUGUGCGUGCACUCUUCGCUUCUCGAACUGUGAGCUGCUGUGUGGCCUGGGCUUGCUAGGCGGCAACUAGACCCCCUGGAGCGAGUCCUGCCUGUCCCUCCUGCCUGGUCAGCCCAGUGGGCUCUGGCCCACUGAGUGCCCUCGUCACCCAGUCACGGUGCAGCCAGGCUCGGUGCCAUCUCUACUCCGUGUCCCCGGCCCCUCUGCCCAGUGUCCACGCUGGCCCUGCCAGCCCCGCACUCACUCCUGGUGGCACAUGUGAAGGACGGUAGUCCACAGAUGCCCCAGGAUGGAUGAGAAGUUGCGGAGGGCAGCAACGUGAGCCGUUUCCUUGGGAGCUUCCAUUAACAAAGACUCUAACCUGGAGGGCACGUAGGUGGGGCCGGAGGUCACCGGACCAGCCCCUCAAGGGGCACUGAGUCAAGAAUUCUGAGGGCUAGGGACCUGUCACUCGGUGCUGGGGUCGGAUUGUCUCUGUGGUUCCCUGAGCUUAGGUCAUCUCAUGAGCAAACAAUAAAGUGACAAGAAGGUCUGCA